AGCGCUCCUUUUCCCUCUGCAUUUCCCAGUAAUUGCUUUCUUUUCUCCCUAGCUCUGAAAAGGCUGCGCGAAGCUGCCAAUGGCAAUGACUCGGACACAGCAACUCUUGGAGGAUGGAACUGACCCCUGUGCUGCGGACGACAAAGGCCGGACGGCCCUGCACUUUGCCUCCUGCAAUGGCAAUGAUCACAUUGUGCAAUUGCUUCUGGACCAUGGGGCUGACCCAAAUCAGAGAGAUGGACUGGGAAACACUCCCUUACAUUUGGCUGCCUGCACGAACCAUGUUCCUGUCAUCACCACGCUGCUGCGCGGAGGGGCCAGAGUUGAUGCCUUGGAUCGAGCUGGCAGAACCCCGCUGCACCUGGCUAAAUCAAAGCUUAACAUCCUGCAGGAAGGACUCUCCCACAGCCUGGAGGCUGUACGUCUUGAAGUGAAACAGAUUAUCCAGAUGUUGAGGGAAUACCUGGAGCGUCUGGGGAGGCAUGAGCAAAAGGAACAGCUGGAUGACCUCUGCUCCAAGUUACAGAUGACCAGCACAAAGGAGCAGGUGGAUGAGGUUACAGACCUCCUGGCCAGCUUCACGUCGCUCAGCCUGCAGAUGCAGAAGAUGGAGAAGAGGUAACAGGCUUCCAAACCAUCAUCUUGAUCCAAAAGGAGAAGCCUUAGAGAGAAAAAGAGGAAGCUGAAGCUUGCUUCCUAGAUUGCUGAAUGAACAUUGCAGCCACUGGCCAUUCCUGCCAGAUCCACUCUCUGGGUGGUGUGCAGACUCUCCAUGCAGGUGCUGCCACAGCUGCCUCAUGGGCUGGCAGUGGGCUUUGGACAAUAGAGUGCUGCAGCUGAGACUUUUGGAAAAAAAGAGCUGCUCCUCUUUUUAUCAGAUGGCGCUGGGUAGGAUGCCCCUUCUCCUAAGCUCUUCGGCUCAAUGUAGGUGGUGGCUGGAGCCAUGUGUGGUCACCCAUCCUGACUAGUGCCCUCAGCAGCUGGCCAGGAUUACAGAUCUGCUUGGAAUAGGCUUCUUUUGCCAUCGUCGUAAGUACUAAGUUGCACAGGGUGGGGAGUGGAAGCCUUGGACAAUAGAAGGUUUGUGCUAUGGGAAUAACACACUCGUAGUGCUGCGCUCUAGCAGCUGAGCAAACAUACUGCCUUUAGAAACAAGGGCAGAGGCUUAAUCCUAACCUUCCCCAGAGCCUACGGUCAGAGGGGAGACAAUUUGUCUGGUUACGAAUGGAGUACAAAGCUUUUAAUCACUAGACUAACAGCUUCCACUGAUCCCACUUUUUAAAUCACUGCUGCAAGUUAGUGCUUAAAUGCUGCAGUGAAAUACUUGUGCGAAGUACCCCGGUAGACAGUUAGCAGAUAAUAGCUGCCCUGAUGCAAGGAUGUGGUUUUUGGGGUGGUUUAAUCCUAGUGCGGAUUUAGGCAGACGUCUACAUCUGGCAAGGAACCCCACCAUAACUGACUUUUCUGUUUCCCAUUACUGGUGGUUUCAGGUCAGAGGUCCAGUGGGAACAGAAGAUGUUGUGUACUCAGCCAUAUUAGUGGGCUGAGAUGGAGGAGAAUGUAUGGCCUUUUAUGCCUUAGCAGCACCAAACCCAGAGCUGACACCUGUGCAGUGUUUCUUGCUUGUCAGGAGAUGUGCUGUACCAGGCUCUGAAGUUCAGCUUGGGGAACGAGCUCUGACCUCUGCUGGAAGCCUGAAGUGAUGCCGCUGUGAAGGAUGAGAGAAUUGCCUUUGCUACUCUCUUGCUUCUGCUCCUCUGAGAUCAGUAACGAAGACGUAGGCAGCUUAGUUUUGGAGCAGGGAUCUCGUAGGCAGGGCAUAACCGACAGCAGGAUGACGAGAAUAUGCCUAGUAGCAAUCUGAGUUCCCAUCUGUGUACCACACUCAAAUGACUUGGUGUGCUGAUAGUGAUACCCAUCCCACAGUCUGGGAAUUGCAGGUUUGGAGUGCCCAUUCUUAGGAUUCAGCUUAAGCUUUCAAGAGCCACGGUUCAGAGCAUUCUUCAGAGACCAUCAGGUCGGUUAGCCUCAUGUUGUCUAGAGACUGAUCCUUGUCCAGGAAAAGACUUAACUUGGCCUCCAAGUUCAAAGCUGAGAUAUCAGAAACAUGCAAGGCUUUAAAUGGGCUGGUUCUCGGGGUGUUGGGAGGCCAUGGUUGGGACUAACAGUAUUGUGGUUUGGCUGGAGCUGUCGCUGUGAAUACUGAUAUUUCAUUAUGAUAUGCUGGAUGGGAAGAAUACUGAGCAGGUGGGAGACAAUCUGACCUUUUUGUAUUUCGACCUUCAAUAAAAUCCUAUCAGCUUUUUUGAACUCCUUAGCUCAUUUCAGAGCAGCUCAUUCUUCCUCCUUUACGUACGUUCCAGGCCCCAGGUGCAGCACCAGACUUGGUAGCUGCUACUCUCAAACCUGGUACUGAAAUUAGAAGUGACAAUAUCAAGCUGUUUGAAUUCAAACAGCAAUCUGUUUGCAAGUUGAGGUACUUAGCUGCUGACUCACCUUCUGACCUUGACUUCCACAGCCAAGAAAUCCAAACUUGAACUCUAGUUAGUUGCUGUGAAACCGUAAAAAUAGAGGAAAGAGAAUCUCAGCAGGGUUACUUCAAGCUGGCAGAAGACAUGUUUUGCAAAGAGGAGAGCACAGCCUUCCCAGUCUGUGCUCCAGCAUAAGUGCGGAGCUGGUAGGGAGAAGGCAGCUAAUUCUUGUACCUUGCCCAUUGCCAAAUAAAAUUGUUAUGCUUUGAAGAGGCAGCAGGGGAAUGAGGUGCUGGAGAAGGACAUCCCCUGGGCAGGAGAGAGACUUUGCAGGGUGGUCUCUAUCUGAGUAGGUGAACUCUGUGUCCAGCCUUUACUUAUCUUGCUUCUUUCCAUCUUCACAGCCUAGCAUUGGUGUCCAUCUACACCCAGCUGUCACUGCUUCUGCACUCAACGGUUUUGUUGCUGAGGAGACCAUUAAGGUACCUAAAGAGGAGGCUGCUGAGCUUCUCUUUAUAGCUGCAGUUACCUUUGUUGCAGAUGUUGUCUGCAAACUCGAUGCAGCUUGGAGGCUUUCCUCAAAAUCAGGACUACGCUUUAACUGGGUUCAGAGCUAAGAUUUUAGUCUGAGCGCGCAUGAAGUUGCCCACAGCUCUCAGGCUCCUAGUUUGUCUGUUGGAGUUUUUUGUAACUGCUACUGUGUGCAUGCUGGGAGUGGAAAGGUAAGGGUGCUGCAGCCAGCUGCAAGCACCUGCUUUGCCUCUUUUGCACCGCUGCUGCCUCCACGGGUGUCGGAGACAAUGGGAGACAAGCACAUCCUAUGAUGAUCACAAGCCUCAGUUUAUUUGCGCACUCUUAUGACUUAUAUAACAGAGUUAAUUAGCUCAUACAUAUUGCAACAGCCAGGCUCCUUAUAGGUUUGAUACAAUUUAGUGCUUAUCUUGCAAAACAGUUACCCUCGUGUUAACGUACAUGAGCCCUUCUUAACCGCAGUCAGUUAUUUACAGCUUCGUUUGUGUUGAUUUAGUAUUUGACCCUCGUUUCACAUCCACUUCUUCAAGCACUUCCUCAGACACGAAUUUCGCGUGCUUCUUAUUGCCCUCUGGCAUGUAGCCAUCUUGCAGUGAGACUUCCCACAUUUCCCCCUUCUUCUCUUAGUAGGACAUAGUUAAUCUGCAUUUUAUUCAGCAAUCGAAUAAGCAUUUUUUGGAGGCAAGCGAAUACACAAGGUAAUAUCGACAGGAGUAGCAGCAGCAUAAGUCCUAUGUUUAUGCCAUACAUGAUUAUGGUUUUAAACCACGGACCAAUGCCAAAGGAUGAUAGCCAAAUAUCGAGUGGGUUAGUGGAGACUUUAAUGUCUUUGGUAUGAUCCUUAAGCCAUUGCAGUUGUUUGUGAAUUGAUUCUGAAUUGGAGGAAA